UUUCUCAUUGUUCUUUAUGCAUAUGGAAAGCAAAAGAGAAAGAGAGUUAAGAAUGGAAGAAGAGUUUCAAGGGAGAGCAGCAGAAUUGCAACUGCAAUACUGCAGUGCAAGGAUCAUGUCCCCGGAAAUCAUCGAAAUUGAAGACGAAAGUAAGACUAUUAUCAGUAGCAGAGACGGUGAUGCAACCGAUGUCUACGUCGCCGUUGGUAAAGAUGAUAUAGAUGUGCUUCAAUGGGCCCUUGAUCAUGCUGUCUCACCUGGUUGUUGUGUAUUUCUUGUCCAUGUUUUUCCUCCUCUCACCUACAUCUCUACACCAGUUGGAAGAUUAGCAAGGAGCCAAUUGAGCCAAGAACAAUUGAGAGUGUAUACCAAUGAAGAAAACAACAGAAGGAGAAAUCUAUUGCAGAAAUACAUCCGCUUAUGCACUGACACCAAGGUGUCAGUGGACGCAUUGCUUCUGGAGAGCAACACAACAGCCAAAGCCAUCCUUCAACUAAUUCCAGUGCUCAAUAUCACCAAUUUGGUCAUAGGGACCAAAAAGCCACUUUCCACAAAGCUACUGGGGAAAAGAAUGGCCAAAGGAGAGUUUGUGAAAAAGAAUGCACCAGAAUUUUGUGAGGUUACCAUUGUUUAUGAAGGCAAGAAAGUGGAUGAGUGUCAACGGGAAAUGGGGUUGCUUCCUUCUUCUGAAGAUUCCGAUUGCCAGCCACGGCGGCGCUCCAGCAAGAACUUGUUCGAGUGGGUUUGCUUGUCGAGCAGGUCGGGUUGCGAAUAACGGGUUGUGUUCUGUUAAUGUAAUGAGCAACACAACAAGUACAGGAUUUCCAUUUUUACUUUAGUUUUUGGUUUGUUUGAGUUUAGCAUUUAGGAUUUACUUAAUCACUAAUGGACCCAAAUGAUGGGUAAAAGUUAAGUUGCUUAUGUGCAUAAAGAGAGACAAUCAACCAACAAUAUAACUUAAUAGCCUAAUGUAAGCUAUUCUUGAGCCAA